AUGCCGGCCCCCUUCUCCGCCUGCCGCUUCGCCGCCUGCUGGGUGGUCGACGCCCUCGCCGGCGACGAGGCCCUCGACUUCUCCCUCAUCAAAGGUACCAUCAGCACUGUGGGAGGACCCUCUGCCUAUUCCGACCACCUCGACGCUUUCAAUGAUCUCACCAAGGGUUAUCGGUGCUCCGCAGCGCUGGUGGGCGUCUUGCCGGAGUCCCUCGCGGGCGCACCGGAGGAGACGCGGGAGCGGGUUGCGCUCCGAUGCCUGCAGGAGGUCGUCUCCCUCGCCGCCCCGGGCGAGGGCGAGGGCGAGGCCGCGGCGGCGGCGGUGGCGGGUGGCGGGACGCUUAGGGUUGAUGCCACACGCCCUUGCGAGGAAUUGCUGACUGAGUUGCUCGGACAGGUUGGGAGUUCAGGAAGCUUGGAGAAAGAUAUGCUUCCACCUUUUAGCAAGGAUAUCCAAAAGUUUAUAUGCAUCAAGACACCGGCUUUACAAGAAACUUCUUUGGAGUUGCUUAGAGAAGUGAAACCCGACAUCACGUGUAUGGUCCCACCGCCCCCAGUGGAGAAGGGUGGCAAGAACAAUGGCAAUGACCAGUCGUUGCCCAGUAUCAACCCUGAUCAUCAUGUAAAUGCAGAGAGGCAUGGGUGCCCUACAGAUAGUUCUGAUUUUCAGCGAGAGAGUGUAACCGAUUUUGUCAACGGAACUUUCACAAGAAAUGUGCAGAAGGAUCCUAUGGUGCCAACUCCCGAUUUCUGUGAACCAUCUACGCUGUACAGUAGGUGUUACGACCGCCCUCAAGAAGAUACCAUUGGUGUUGGUGUCAGUGUCAGAUCCGCACAAACGAGUCCAAGUAGUGAUAAUAGAAACAGGUCCAUUACAGCCGAGCCUGCUUCAGCUACCUGCAGUGCUGCUUUGCUUCGAGGUAAUACUGAACUUAUGUCAAAGCAGGUUGCGGCGGAGACUACCAUGUCCCAAGAAAAGAGUCCAACUACCAUUCUUCAACGAGAAUCCUGUGGAGACAAGAACAAAAACUCAUUCCACGAUAAUGAUGGAGAGAGAUCACAUGGUAAUGGCACCAACAUUCAUUUAUCAAAGAAUCUCAGCCAUGAAGGAUUGACCAUGCAGGCUACGGUGGCUCCAGAUUCUGACAGAAACACUGACGCUUUACUGGCAAAUACAUCUGAAACAAGAUCCUUGCCUGAGUUUGUUGCUGUGGAUGGUACAGGCGUAAUUGCAGAACUACAUGGCAGAAAAACUCGAAAGAGUUCACCGCAACAUGACAGCAGUGAGAAAGCAAGUCAUGUUUUGGAUGAGGGUAGUGCUAGGAUUGAGCCAGUGGAAAAGGAUUCUGGUCAUAAUGAAUGGAAUCUACGAACUGCUGGUGUUGUACCUUCUGUUAGCUGCAACGGGGCUGUUCAAGGAGAUAAAUCUGAAACCAACAUUCUACAAGAGAAUGCUACAGGGCCUUCUAAAUUGUUUAAGGAGAAAAAUGAUAAGGUUCUUCUGGAAGUCAGUUGUGCUGACAAAGCCAAUCCAGCACUACAUGAUGAUGGCAACAUCUUGGUAAAUAAUACAUCCGAUGGUAGGAAGACUGCUCUAGAUUCUCGCUGCAAUGCGAUGGAAACAUCAAAUGUGCACCGCUCCAAUGACAGUCCCAGUGGGUUUGCAGCCACUUGUCUUCUAUCAUUGAUGGGCAAUAUGCCUUCCUGUAGUCAGGAUAAAGAUGCCAAUGGUUCCACUCAGGACUUUACGGAACAAGAUUUGUGCAUAAAAUGUGGUAAAGAUGGACAGUUGCUGAAAUGUAGCAGCUGCUCAUUAGUUUCUCAUGAAAGCUGUUUUGGGUCAUCAGUGACAUUUGAUGUUUCUGGCCAGUUUUAUUGCCCUGUAUGUUUCUAUACUAAAGCUAGCGAAGCAUAUCAAAAGGCUAAAAAAACAUAUUUGGAAGCUAGGAAGAGCCUAUCUGCUUUCCUUGGCACAAAGCAAUUCCCAAAGGAACACCAUGAACAAUCUACUGGAAAACAGCAAACAGCUACCAAUAGCAAGGAUCACUCGAAUGAGCAUAAUACAUCCAAAAGGCAAGGUCAGUCUGAAGCAGAUGUCCCUUCUCAUAAGGGUGAAGAACCUGGUGAGCAGAGGAAAAAGCAGAGAACAAAUGAUACAAGUGAUGUACAUCCUGAAGAGGGUCAGCUGAAUGGGUGUGAUGCUUCCAAAAGGCAAGGUAACCAUCAGUCCGAUACAUAUAAUCUUUCUCAUAAGGAACCUGGUCAGCAGAGGAAGAAGCAGAAAACAAAUGCUACAAGUGACGCUUGUCCUGAGGGCGUAAUCGCUCAAAAGGCAUCUUUUGGUCUGAAUUGUGAUAUUGCACCCAAUAAAGAUUGUGUACUCCAAAAUAAAAGAAAACAAGUUGAGCAGUCUGUGGAAGGUGCAGAAGCCCAUGAAGAUGGUAAUGGCAAUUCAUUUUAUGAUGCGCAACAUUCAUCUCAGAAUAGACGCAGUCCUGUUGCCAAUCAGAGUGUUGAGGCUGAAAAACAUGACAGUCUUACAAAUUCUCACGACCCCAAAAGUUCCGAUGAAAUAGAAGCCACAUCUUCAAAUAAUUCUGGCCAUCGGUCGUCGCCUCCUUGGCGAAACAUGAGACGCCACAAAGCAAGAUCCCAAGAAAAGGAGACAGUGGUAUCUUAUAAUUCUAAAAAAGCAUUGCGAUGCCAGGAUCAGCAGAUGCCUUCACCAUCAAGCAAACGAUAUCAACCCAAGCGUUACUGUAAUUCUCCUGCACCACCUGGAAGGCGCCCAAAGCUCUGUUGGACAGAAGAAGAAGAGCAAGCUUUGAGGGAUGCAAUGCUAAAGUUCACCCCAAAGGAUGAUGCACCAAUUCCGUGGACUCAGAUAUUAGAAUAUGGCAAGGAUACAUUUCACAGGUCACGCCUUGCGAGUGAUCUGAGAGUCAAAUGGAGGAAUAUGAAGAAAAAAUCAGGAUCCUAG